AUGGACCGGAGCACGCAGUCUGUCGACCGGUUCUGGGAGGAAUGGACGGUCGGGAUCAACGGCUCGCCCUCGAUCCAGGCUUUGAACGCGACGUUCCGGGCGUCGUGGCGGAGCGAGGUUGCCGAGCGCAAGUUUUACUCGCAGCGGCUUGUGCUGGUGCGCACGAUCGAGUGGAUGAUGCGCACGCGCAAUAUGACUGCGAACGAGGCGGUUGAUGAGCUUGAGAAGCGGCGGCGGGCGGCGAAUAUCAGUCUCAGUCGGCUGUGUCGGAUUCUGAAAGAGGAAGAGACCAAGCGCGGCGAGUGA